GUCGUGUUCUUUUUCGAUUGCUACGCUUUCGUCCCUUCCCCCUGGCCGCAGAGAGAGGAGAAAUAGAAGCUUUGGUGCUUUCUUCUCCGUUCUCUCCGAAGCCCUUCGAUUUCCUCUCCCUCCGCCAUCAGUUGUUCUCCUCCCAGCGUACGAUUUUAUUGCUCGGAUCUGUGGUGGAAUUGCUAUCCUUCUUUAUCUGCUCCGGUAAAAAAAUUCCAUUUUUUAGCUUUUUUUUUUGUUGGUCUAAUUUGAUGUUUAUAUGAAUUGAUGUGAGGGAAAGGUUUGUUCUUGAGAACGUAUCAGGGUUGGGUCGGAAGUUGGAUUAGAUUGCUAAUCUUUUUCUGGGUGCUGUUGGUGCUUGGUUGAUGAUCCUUCCCUUUCCCCAUGUCUUUUUCUGUUUAGGAUCCGGCUCAAGAGGGCUCGAUGAAAUUUUUGGGGCUGGUUUUUUUGUUUGCCAUCCGAAAUUGAGGGUUUUCUUGGGGUUCUGUGAUUUAGAUUAGGUUAGGUUUACCAAGGUACAUACAUAUAUAAAAAAAGAGCAAUCUUUGAAAAAUCGGAGUAUAGGUCAAAAUUCUUUCUUUUGAUUUUGGUACAGAAGUUGGGUUGAAAAAGAUUGAAUUUGGGUGCGUUAGGGUUACAGUACCAUGGCGUUGAAUUUCCCAUCUUGUUCUAUAUUUUCUACUCGAUGUAUUCAUACCGAUGGUGAGUCUUCUCGAUUGAGAUGUGAGAGGAGCCCUCUUGUCUCUCGUUGGGAGACUGAUAGUGGGUUGGCCGAUGUCGAAGUCGCGUACGAUCCGCUUGAUCUGCUACCGGAGGACCCAUUCGGGAUGGGGCUCGGUGACUUGUUUGGGUGGACUUUGUUGUACUCAUCUGAAACCCAGUUUUGUCAUCAUGGUUGGAUGGAAGGAUGUGAUGGCUGGGUCAAUGAGAGCUUGACAGAAUUUUCUGUUCAUGAGGCUCAAUCUGGAAACUUGGAAUCUGGUUCGGAUGCCGGACAAUCUUCAAACUGCAAUCAUUCAGAAGCCUUCUCCAGCGGAGAUGUUGGCAUGCCACAUGACGGCCUGUUCUUCUGUCUUGCGUAUAUGGAUGUUCAGAGUCUCCUCUCGAUGGGAGGGGUCUGCAGGUCCUUGCGGUUGGCUGUUCAGAGGGAUAAUCUUUUGUGGAGGUGUAUGCAUAUUAAUUCUCCUCUGAGUGAGAAGAUAACAGAUGAUAUUCUGCUGAGGCUAACACUGCAAGCACGAGAGUAUCUACAGUGCUUGAGCAUGUCAAGUUGUUCAAAAAUCACAGAUGAUGGCCUGAAGCUGGUGUUGGACAAUUGUCCUCGGCUGAAGAAGUUAAGUGUUCCCGGAUGUGUGAGACUAAGCAUUGAUGGCAUCAUAAACAACUUAAAAGCCUUCCAAUCCCGAGGUAUGCCAGGAAUAGAGCACCUCAAGCUUGGUGGGUUUUUCAUUAUAUCGCCACAACAAUAUGGAGAGCUGAAGAUGUUGCUAGGUGUGGACCAACGUCAGCAAGGCCAAACUCGGAACCCGCGGUUCUACCACAUUCAUCGCCUAUCUCCUGCUUGCUAUGAUGACUGCAUCCUUGAUAUUGAAAUGUGUCCGGUGUGUCACAGAUACAAGCUUGUUUAUGACUGCCCUUCAGAGAGUUGUCAAGAGAAGGGUCCUAAUCAUUGCAGAGCUUGUGACGUUUGCAUCGGCAGGUGUGUUCAAUGUGGGAAAUGUGUUAAAGAUUGCACAUAUGUUGAGACAUUUUUCCUUGAAUACCUCUGUUCAGAUUGUUGGAAGCCGCCACCAGUUCACCGUGACACUGAAGUGAAGUGGCCACUGGUUCUCCAUGACACCGACGAAGCGAAGUAAAUUUGCUUCAAUAUUGCAUCUCAAACUAUUGAUGUGGGGUGUUGUUGCUUGGUAUGACCCCAGAGAUUCGAGUUCAGGUGUCCUUAUUUUCUUUGUUGGUUCAUGUUCUUCGAGUGAUCCUGUGUUCUGACCGUAGUCAAGCAAGAACCAGGAGUGAUUUAUAUGGAAGGGGGAAAAAUAAAUCUGAUGAACUUGAAUUAAAAGGAAAAUUACAUUGUUGAGAACGGUUGAAAAGCAGUUCAAGCAUGAAGAUAAGAUUCAGAAGCAGAUUUCCAGGUAGCUUUGACAUGCCUUUCUAUUUGAUGCUGCCUGUGGUUAACCGUUGACUUCUAUAUUGCCGCUGCUUGGAGUAAACAAAUCUGGGUUGACUUUCUAUUAAAGAUUCUGAUUACCAGGAAUCUGUAAGAGAAGUCCAUUCUGUGGUAAUUUUACUUUUUAUUCAAUGCCAUGUUGAAAAAUGGUUUGCAUCAAUGCUGCCAAGUCUUACUGACCUGAACAAUAACUUUGGUGGUAAUGUUUGUGAAACAAACCUCAUGUUGUUUGUGUUGCAUAAUGCUAUACUGCUUCCAACCUUGAAAUA